CGGACUCUGCAGCUCCGAUUCUAAAACUCGCUUCCCCUGAAUCAGUGAGUCAGAAACCAGCGAGUCAUCCGAGUCCCCGAUCUAGCGAGUCAUGUCUGACGAGGAGCAUCACUUUGAGUCCAAGGGCGACGCCGGAGCCUCCAAGACCUAUCCUCAGCAAGCUGGCACGAUCCGCAAGAACGGGUACAUUGUCAUUAAGUCUCGCCCUUGCAAGGUUGUGGAAGUUUCCACCUCUAAGACCGGCAAGCAUGGUCAUGCUAAGUGCCACUUUGUUGGGAUUGACAUCUUCAAUGGGAAAAAGCUUGAGGAUAUUGUUCCAUCUUCCCACAACUGUGAUGUUCCUCAUGUCAAUCGUACUGAUUACCAGCUGAUUGAUAUUUCUGAGGAUGGAUUUGUUAGUUUGCUGACUGAAAAUGGUAACACAAAGGAUGAUCUGAGGCUCCCAACUGAUGACAAUCUGCUGACCCAGAUCAAGGAUGGUUUUGCUGAGGGGAAAGACUUGGUUGUGAGUGUGAUGUCUGCAAUGGGAGAGGAGCAGAUCUGUGCUCUCAAGGACAUUGGCCCCAAGUAGAUUAUUUGUUUAUUUGCAGACUGUUAUUGCUAUUUUAGCAGAAAGAUUUUUGUAAGAGCAUUUUACAGCUUGCAUUUUCAGUCUCUGCAGAUAUAGUUUUAGUGGCUGGGAGCCUGGGAAGGGGUGGGGGGUGGUUUUAAGUGGAUUCGGAAGCAAAAACUACAGUACUGGUUUCUUUAUGUUGGGUGUCUUGAUGUUCCGUGGGUCGUUUAUUUCAUCAAAAACUUCCUUACUAUCUAGUCUUAAUUCAAUACUUUGGAUGUUUUAUUGUGAAAA